AUGGCCAUCUUUGUGGACACAGAUUGCGUUGGUGAAGUUGCUCUUAGCAACCUAAAACUGUACAAAUACUCUGCGAUUGAUAAGUCACCAAUUUCAAAUUACUUAUUGAAACCAUAUUGGAAUUGGGCUGUCGAGCUUUUUCCCCUGUGGAUGGCACCAAAUUUGAUUACAUUAUGCGGUUUAGGUUUCGUUAUAUUAAAUGUUAUAGGUGUAAUAAUUUGGAUUCCAGAUCUCGUGGGUCCUGGUCCACGUUGGCUAUAUUGGAGUUUUCCGAUCGGUUUAUGGCUUUAUUCAACAUUUGAUAAUGUUGACGGUAAACAAGCUCGAAGGACAGGAACUUCGUCUCCUCUUGGAGAACUUUUUGACCAUGGUUGCGAUGCUUUGAAUUGUUCUUUUGGCUCAUUGGUUUUCUCGGCUGCACUGGGGUUGGGACAUUCUUACCGUUCUGCAACUAUUUUCCUUCUUACAGUUAUUCCUUUUUUUUUCUCUACUUGGGAAGAAUAUCAUACUGGCGUUUUAUACUUGGGAUAUAUUAAUGGUCCUACAGAAGGACUUAUAAUUGGCUGCACUUUACAGCUUUUGUCGGCCAUCGCAGGACCUGAAUGGUGGAUGAAAGAUGUGCAUGAUAUAUUUGGAGGUUCAUUUACAACACUCAUUCCAAAGGGAUGGACUUCCGCAGACAUAAUAAUAUUGGCUUUGGCUAUCGGUGCGAUCACUUUACAUAUCCCUCCAUGGUAA